AUUAAGACGACACUGAUUCCACCCCCGUUCACGGUCCGAUUAGAAAAUCACAUGUCUAAGAUCUGGAAUAAUUUAACCGACCUCUUCAGUGUACCAAUUCAUCCGAUCUACAUCUCUCUGCCGCUCACCUCUCAGCCGGACGGUCGUACGCUAUAUUGAUCUCUCCGUCUCCUCUUCCCCUUAGGUCGGACGCAGUCUAGUCCAGGCCGUUCGACUAAUAUCACCAGGAUGGAGUCUAGCAGGGGACAAGGUGGAAUUCAACUUCUCUUAGCAGCAGAGCAAGAAGCUCAACAAAUUGUCAAUGCUGCAAGGAGUGCAAAACAGGCUAGAUUGAAACAAGCUAAAGAAGAAGCUCAGAAGGAGAUAUCGGAGUUCCGUGCUCAUAUGGAAUCUGAAUUUCAGAAAAAGCUCGAACAGAGUAGUGGGGACUCGGGUGCAAAUGUUAAGCGUCUAGAGGUAGAGACUGAGGCCAAGAUUCAUCACUUGACAACACAAGCUGCAAGAAUUUCUCAUGAUGUUGUCCACAUGCUUCUAAGGCAUGUUACUGCCGUGAAGCACCAGUGAUCCCCCUUGUGAGUUUUUUAAGGACCCUUGUGAGCUACAUGUCAAACACCAUAUUCUCUCUCCCUCUCCCUCUGUCUGGUAAUUUCUUUUUUCAAUUAAUCUGUGCAUUGCCAACUUGUAUUGUAAUUUUUUUCCUUCUGAAUCAUCCCCAGUGGUUAGUUUUUCAUUGGUCCGGACUCCUGAUUCAAUAAAGCAGUGAAAUUCUGUGCAUCUACCUUGGAUUUUUAUUUUAUUUAGGAGGAGCAGUAUCAACUCUGUCAUGAUUUACCAAUUUACCAUGAUUGACAAUACUCCCUAUGUUGCAAGCCCUGAUGAGAAUGUGAGCUUGAUAUGUACGUUUAUAUUGCAUUAUUGCCCACCCCUAGUUGACAAGUUGUUGUUGUGGCUUGUGAGCUUAUGGUUUUGUAAACAGCAAUACAGCAUUCUCCUAGAACCAUGUCGUGAUGUAGAUGAUCUUCAACUCGUAGUCCUUUGGUCCAAGAAGUGUUAGAACCUGCACUUGGAUAAGUGUCAAACUUUUGAGCUUAGUAAGUCUUGAAUAUCGCCUCACGAGACGUGCAUAGGAAGUUCUUAUGUGAUAGUCAAUUUAAGCACUCGAAAAUGUGUGUAUGCUACUAUGCUAGCCAAAUGGGU